AACUACCCGACCCUUCCAAAUACUGUUCGUUCUUUCCCGUGCUAAACACGCGAUAUACAUGCAUGUGUCAAACGCUUUGAGAACCUAAACACGCGCCACUUUUCGUCCAGAAUUCAAUUCAUGAUACCUAGUAUUCCUGCUAAGCUCAUUGUAUGGGCUCUGCCAUUCACCCCUAAAGUCCGAACAGCACUUCCUGCAGCAAUGGAUUUGGAAAAGCUGCCCCAUGCAGAUAUGAAUUUAGUUGGAAGCGGUGGAAUUGCGCUGAGCGGUGGUCAGAAACAGCGAGUACUUCUUAGGCAUUGGCAAGAGCCGUAUAUUCCCGCAAACCUAUCUUGUUGCUUGAUAACGUAUUCAGCGCCCUAGAUAAUGUCACGUCGCGUACAGUAUUCGACAAUAUACUA